AUGUCGCUUCCUACUGCAACAAAGGAAGUCACUUCAAGCCCCGGCAAGAAUGCCGUCACAAAUCCCACUGACAAGGUGGCUCUCGAGAAGGACGUUGACCGCAAGAUGCGUCUCUACGGUGUCAUCCAAGCGUUCAGAGCAGGCCGCAUGCCCGACAAUGCCCAAAUCGACCAGACCCUCCAGUACUUUAUCAAAAAGUCCCCCGUAGACGUCUCAAAGCUCAGUCCAGAAGGUCAGAAGCUCGUCGAGGACGUGCGUGCUAUUCUCGAGACGACACGACUCCAAUUCCAAGAAAAGAAUGCCGAUGAAGUCGCCCAACAAUUCAUCUACCACACCUCUUCUCAGCAAUUCCGCGACCGCGCGGUCAAGCACACCAAGACGGCCGUUCCCGACGACGCCGCCCUCCCGAACAAGGAUGACGCAAAGAGGGAUAGCGAACAGGCUGUCCAGCACUUGCGCACACUCGCUCAACUCUUGUUGACCAACUCGGAGGCCCGCAAGCUCGUCCAAGAUUUCACCCUCAUUGGCCGUGAUAUGUUCGCUCAAGGUGCCAGCCGCGCUGCAGAGCGUGCUCGCCCUGCUCCAGAGCGUAUGGCAAAGGUCGACGAUGCGGCCGCUAGCCCAACUGGAAUUAACGACGGUACUAUUCCUUCUCUUGAAGGAGACGUCGACAUCACCCGGGAUGGCUUCCGUGGUGCCUUCAAAAAGGGACUCGGAAAUGCAGAGGCCAAAGCGGCGGACAAGGCCGAAGUCACUCCACCAAGCCAACAAGUCGCUGCCAACGUCGACCAGGACGUCAACCUUCACCGCGAUGGAUUCCGAGAGACCACUAGCAAGUUGACCGAUGCUGCUUCGGCUGCAGCCACCGCAAAGAAGGAAGAGAUCAAAGCCGACCCCGGAAUCACAGAUCCUCGCGAAGAUUCGACUGUCACCAAGGAACAGUCCAAGAGAAAGGUCGGCGAUACCGUCGACAAGGUUUCUAGCAAGAUUCCAGAGAAGCACAAACAGCGUGCUCGCGACGAGGCACAGCGCGCAAAGGACUUUUUCAACGAAGAGUUCCCCAAGGAGCGCCGUGACCAAUUCGUCUGGCGCAUGAAGAAGGUGGUUGUUGAAUGCCAAUCGCAUCCUUCCUACCAAGAUGCCAUCUCAUGGCUUCUCUCGACUGUCGAAGCCUACUUCAAGCAAGCCAAGGGUGUUGGAGCAAACCAGACGAAGACGGCCACCGGUCUCUUCAGCAACGACCCCAUUCUCCAACAAGCCUGGCAAGAGCUCCGCGUUCUCUUGGAGCGCUUCGCUAACGGAAGGAGCCUUGAUCCCACUUUUGAUGCCGUGCAGAAGAUCUGGAACGACGCAAAGGAGGACGAGCAGUUCCGCGCAUGGUGGAGCCGUGUCGACAAGUUUGUUCGCAGGACCCUCAUGGAGCCAGGUUUCAUCCUCACUCCUCAAUUCAACACGCAGUCGCAGGAACUCUUCCACGACCAGGCUAAGGAAUUCUUCGACGAGCGCUACCGCGGCCACCGUCAGCUCCUCGUCGACAGCGGAAAGGACUGGGUUGAUGGAUGGACCGUCGAUCCUCUUAACCGCAAGUUGGCUGACCAGUGGGCCGGUCUUGUCAAGGAUCUCCUCAUGGGCGAAAACGGAAAGAUUGUCUGGAAAGCCGGCUUGUGGAGAGACAUUCGUCAAGUAAUCGUGCCAACGCUUGUCGAAAAGGUUGGCUACGUGCCAAUUCCUCGCAUCGAGUAUACCGACGACAAGAUGGAUCUCGUCAUCGAGAAUCUCACCUUACAAGGCCGUAAUCUCUUCCCCAACAUUGUCGAGAUUGCUGCUCAGACGCACAUGAAGAUGUCGCCCUAUUCUACCAUCAAGGACGAGUACCACCACACCCUCACGUUGACUCUCAGCCAGAUCCAGGCUGACAUGCGUGACGUCACCUUUUACUUCCACAAGAAGGCUGGAUUCCCGAAACUCCGUGACUCUGGUAUCGCCGACGUCUUCCUUGGUGGCCGUGGAAUCACUGCGACCGUUACGAUCGUUAACACCCAGUCGAGCGGCAAAGGUGGCUUCUUCCGCGUCAAAAACGUGCAUGCCAAGGUCGACUCGCUCAAGUUUAGCAUUCGCGACAGCCGCCACGACCUCCUCUACAAGACCUUCCGCCCUCUUGCCACUAGUCUCAUCAAGAGGCAAGUAGCCAAGGCCAUCGAGGAUGGUCUUCGUUCCGGAUUCGAAUGGGCCGAUCGCGAACUUGUCAAGGUUCGCUCGACCGUCACAGACGCCAAGCAAAGCGAUGGUUCCACUCUUGACGCUCUCAAGACGGCCUUUACCAACAAGACGGAUGGCUCGACGACUGCCGCUGGAAGCACAACUGCUGCUUCGAACCGCAGCCCCUCUCCGACUUCGACCAAGGCCAAGCGCAAUAGCACGUUUAAGAUUGUGCCCAAGCGCGAGUCGAUGCUCCUUCCAGACGUCGGUCAUGAACGUGGAUGGAUCCGUAAGCAGGGCGAAAAGGAAGAACUUGCUACUGAGGGUGAAGGAUGGAGGAGCGCUGCUUUCUCCAUUGUUCCUGAGAACGAAUCCACUACUCAUGCUACGCAUCCUCGCUCCACAACCGUUGUCUAA